CCCUGGCUCCCUUAUUUUGCUUUUUUUUGCGUUGUUUUCUGAACGGGCGAGUUAGCUGUAUUUAUUUAUUUUUUGACAGAUAGUAAUCUAGGCCAACCAUAGCAAUAUACCGAAGAAGAUCCGUAGACAGGUGACCAACCGAUAUUCUCGUUCCCACUGUCAGUCAAUCCUACAUCCAGACGGAUAGGCGGGCCGUCCGCUGGCUUUCAGUUCCGUCAUUUCGCUCCUCUCCGGGUCGACGAGUAGGAGAAGGAGGGUGGGGGGCAGCAACGGUGAAUUGGGCAAAUAUCCACUGGAUCCGAAUCCCCUCUCGUCUUUGAUGAUGACAACUAGAUUUGGCAGAUGAGAAAGACUUGCCUUCGAGGGGAAACAACGACCCCCCCCCACCUCCACCCCCUCCCCCCGGCCACUGGUUUUCGUUGCUUCGGGCUAGGAAGAGGUAGGGAGCCGGGGCGAUGACUGGAUCCGUGUCUGGCCAACCGAGCUGAGGGCGGCUUGUGUUACCAAUCCUGGGUGACCAAGACACUCGGCUCGGGGUUUUUUAAUAACUGCAAGCCCCGAACAUCGGAUCGUACCGCUUUCCACCGAGUCAGUGGUUCUCGGCCAUCGGUGGAGGACGCCUGCCGUGGUGCUAUUCCAACAACAAAAAAGCUGUCGAGGUGUUUUGUUUUGUUUUGUUUUUGCGCUACGGGCAGCUCCUUUUGAGGAGAUACCUUUGAACAUAAUCGAGAUUUAAUCGGUCCGGGUCUGUUGGGGCUGCAGGGUGGGUAGUCAGCCACGGAUCGCCCGUCGAGAGGUUGGCAUCAUGGGCAACGCGCCCACGGCCAGGAAAGGCAGUGAGAUGGAAAGUGUUAAAGAGUUCCUUGCUAAAGCAAAAGAAGACUUUCUCAAGAAGUGGGAGAACCCUGCACAGAACACAGCUUGCCUGGAGCAGUUUGAAAGGUUGAAAACACUGGGCACAGGCUCCUUUGGGCGCGUUAUGCUAGUCAAGCAUAGAGAAACAGGACAGCAUUACGCCAUGAAGAUACUCAACAAGCAAAAGGUCGUCAAACUGAAGCAAAUAGAACACACCCUGAAUGAAAAGAGGAUUUUACAGGCUGUGAGCUUUCCUUUUCUUGUGCGAGUAGAGUACUCUUUUAAGGACAACACCAACUUAUACAUGGUGAUGGAAUACAUACCGGGUGGAGAAAUGUUCUCCCAUCUAAGGAGAAUUGGCAGAUUUAGUGAGCCUCAUGCUCGGUUCUAUGCAGCGCAGAUAGUUCUGACUUUUGAGUACCUGCAUGCUUUGGACCUGAUUUACAGAGACCUGAAACCUGAGAAUCUCCUCAUAGACCAACAGGGAUAUAUACAGGUCACAGAUUUUGGCUUUGCCAAGCGUGUAAAAGGUCGGACCUGGACACUGUGUGGCACACCAGAAUAUCUAGCCCCAGAGAUUAUUCUCAGCAAGGGAUACAACAAGGCAGUUGAUUGGUGGGCGCUGGGUGUGCUCAUAUAUGAAAUGGCUGCAGGGUACCCUCCUUUCUUCGCUGACCAGCCCAUACAGAUCUAUGAAAAAAUUGUAUCUGGAAAGGUGCGUUUCCCGUCCCACUUCAGUUCAGACCUGAAAGACCUCCUAAGGAACCUGCUACAGGUUGAUCUCACAAAGCGUUACGGCAACCUCAAGAACGGGGUCAACGACAUCAAGGGACACAAGUGGUUUUCGACCACCGACUGGAUUGCCAUUUACCAGAGAAAGGUGGAGGCUCCCUUUGUCCCCAAGUUUAAAGGACCGGGGGAUACCAGCAAUUUUGAUGAGUACGAGGAGGAGGAGAUCCGCAUCUCCUUCACUGAGAAAUGCGGCAAGGACUUUGCUGAGUUCUAGAGUGUAAAGCGAGAGAAGGCGCUGUGGAAAAGAAUAUGGUGGUGAAAGGACAGCUGAUCAGAAGCAAAAUGGAAGGAGGGAGAAGGGGGGGGCGAACUGGAGGUACUGUGUCUCCUGUCCGAUCACAUGCACCAGCGACAGAGAGAGGGAAGAAAAUGUGGAUGGAAAAGGGGGAAAAGCGCAAGGAGACUGAUAACCAGCAGUAUUGCCUUUUCUGUUGCAUUUCUUUUAUACUUCUGUCUUAUUAAUGGAUCCCUUUGUGUAAAAAAAAAAGGUGUGUAAGAGAUUCAUGGGUGUUAGGGACCUCGCUGUUAUUUAAAGUUUCCUUCACAUCACUUUACAUCUACCCCACUCUUUUAUGCUCCCCUUUAUCCACCAUUGCAACACAAUGUAGAAAAAAGAAAAGAAAAGAUCAUUCUGUCCAAAUUCUACUGUCAGGUCAUUUGUCAAGCCCACUGACUCUUGUACAAGUUUUUGUCUCUGUCUGCAGAAAGUUUUUGAUAACAGUUAAAAUAAGGGACAGCCAAUUAACUGGCUUGCUCACCGUUUCCCAGGUGGGUAGGUGGAAGCAUUAAUGUGAAUAUUGAAUGAAAAUCAAAUUAAAAUGAAUAGGAACAGGCAUUUGCAAACUGCAGUCAUCCAUUAGUUGUUCCUUAAUUGUUUAACGCUACCUGUUUAAGAUGAAAAUAAUGUUGUCCAAUAUCAUUGAUAAUAUUGCGGAGGUUGAGCUGAAAGGCUGUGAUAGUGAGAAAUGAGUCAUUAACAAUGGCUGUGCUUAUACAGUCAUAGGCAGUCAUUGAGGCAUAUUUUUCAUUUAAAAGAAUGUGUGAACUUUUAUUCUAAAAACGGUUGGUUAAGCUCUUGGCACCCUAUUUGCAGAACUAUCAAAAUGGCAUCUCAGGUUUGAAAAAAAAACAAAAAAGACACGACAUAGACAUGACACAGCUUGAAGCAAGUAUUCAAAUUAGCAGAUGAAGAAUGUGUAAAUAGCAAUG